AUGAGUCGAACAAGAAAGGAACUCAAAGCCCAAAUGAUUAGAAAGAGGAAGAAACAAGAUUCAGAUGAUGAUAUUGAAGCACAUUUUAAGAAAUUUGAGCAAGAAUUGCCAAAGAAAGAAAAAGUUCGUCAUGAAGAAUCACAGAAAAAGAACAAAAGAUUCAAAAAAGUAUCUUCUGCAAGCUCAUUAGUAUGUGCUCGUAAAGGAGUCGCAUCAAGUUUACGCUUUUUCAUGAAAGAAUUUUUCAAUUUUAUGCCAAAUAUUCAGCAAGCUCCAAAAUUUGGAGGUAAUGAUCGUGUAGAACUAAACUCGAUUGCCGAUAAAUCAGGAUGUGAUACAAUUAUGCUUUUUGAGACAAUAGAUAAUAAACCAUUUUUAUGGGUAUCCAUUGCUCAAGAAGGCCCUACAAUAUGCUUCUCACUCGAAACUAUGCAUACAUGUGAAGAUGUUAAUGGAAAUGGAAAAUGCACAAAAUUUUCUUCUCCAAUUCUAGUUUUUGAUUCACAUUUUGACGAAAAACCUGAAUACGGAAUAUGCAAAGAGCUUCUUACUAGAGCACUUCGCGUUCCAUACGGCACCAAGAAGAUGAAAGAACAUGUUGACACAGUUUUAUCAUUCUUUAUCCUCCAAAACCACAUUUACUUUAGAAGAUACCAAAUUGACUACCAAGAACCAAUUAAAGUAUUCGAAGCAGGACCACAGUUUUGCCUUGAGCCAAUUUUUAUUAUGGGUGGAUCUUUUUGCGGACAAAAGAUCUGGCAAAACCAGAAAAUCCUUGCCCAAGUUAAAGCUGCUACAGGAAAAGACACAAAGAAAGAAAAUGAAGAAGAAUCUACUUCAAAAUAA